GGGGGGAGGGUGUCUUCGAAGGGGAAUUCAGGUUCUUACAGGUCGGCUCUUCCCAGAGCUGCUGGAGAAAGCAGGCUGCAUCCUAUUGGGUAUAGAGCCGCAUUUCCCCUGCCUUCAUUCCCCUCCCUCGCUGCUUGGAUCCCCUUUCCGCUUGGCUUGAUCUGCCGGCGGCGGGAUGGCGUCCCCGCUGGAACAGGCCCUCGCGGUGCUGGUGGGCACCUUUCACAAGUAUUCCGGCAAGGAGGGGGACAGGUACAAGCUCAGCAAGGCGGAGAUGAAGGAGUUGCUCCUCACGGAGCUGCCCAGCUUUGUCGGGGACCAGGUGGACGAAAGUGACCUGAAGAAGCUGAUGGGGAAUCUGGAUGCCAACGGGGACGAGGAGCUGGAUUUCCAGGAGUACGCGGUGUUCCUGGCCCUCACCGCCGAGCUGUGCAAUGAGUUCUUCCGGGAGUGUGCCGACGAGAGGAACCGGAAGAUCUGAACCUGGAGCUGCCUGCCUGGCCGCUGUGUGUGUACGCGCGUGUUGGGGUCAGUGCACAGUAAAGAUGCUUCAGCCAGA